UGUCAAUCAUUAUGCGACACAGCAGGAGGCCGUGAGUCUUUAAAUGAACACUUCACAAAGAGCGCCCCGUGUUAUUUAUAGGCAUGAGGAAUAUAUGUCUGGGAAUCCCAAUAUGUAUACGCCUCUGCUCUGAUGACCGACAGUGUCCCGUGUUUCAUGAUCUAACUUGUUUUAAGGUAUCAAAUGUAGCCGAAUUCACUGAAGGCAUUGUAUUGAUAUAAUACCUGUGAGUUCUCGGAACCCCAUUGCUGUUAAAACCUGUAAAUAUGGCAGCGAUUCCGUCCAAAAUGAACACCAACAACCGGGAUUUCAAAGUGAUUUUUACGAGACGGUUAGCUGAAGAAGUGAAUGCCGAUGAAUGCGACGCUACACGUAAUCCCGAGGGCCUAACUCUAGUUUGUUCGAAAGAACAUGAAGAUGAUACCGACAACCCGCGCAAAGAAAAUGUCAAGGAUCACGAAGAGUCACGUAAAGAUGAAGAUUACAAAGAGGCGUAUUUUAAGUUAGUUGGUGGUCGUAACUACGACCUUGAUGGUAGAGAAGUGGAACAGUUGUAUCCUUUCUCUGUCAUUCAUUUCAUUGCCAUCUUUUUUUCCGUAAUAUUUUUCAUCAUAGAUUUUAUUACCGAUAUCAUGCUGGCCAAAGAUUACUAUGACGAUGGUAUGAUGUUAGAAUUUGCGUUGACGUCAUUAUUCGUUGCUGGGUCUCUUCUGGUCACUGGGAUACUGAGGUCGAUCUGGCAUGCUCAAGAGAAAAAAGAAGAAGGAGAAAAAAAAGAGAAAAAAGAAGAGGGAGAAAAAAAAGAGAAAAAAGAAGAGGGAGAAAAAAAAGAGAAAAAAGAAGAGGGAGAAAAAAAAGAGAAAGAGAAAAAAAGGAGAAACUAUCGAAAUAUUUGUUUGACGAUAUUGAAAUUUCCAUUUGCCACCAUAGAGAGAUAUAUAAAUUACGCAAUCCAUGGCUACAAAAGUAAGCAGAAGGAAAACAAUGAGUUCUACCACUACAUUGAAAUGAUCUUCACCGACCUAGACGCCAGUCUCCUCAGGAUGUUUGAGGCAUUUAUCGAGUCUGCCCCUCAACUGGUCCUACAAAUCUGUCUCAUUCUCAGAGAGCUGGAGAAUCUCAAAAACUGCGAGGAUAUCGAAGUACACAGUGAUAAACUUCGGAUGUUGACGGUCCUGUCCUCAUGGGUUUCCGUUUCCUGGUCCGUGACGGCGUACUACCGAGCCCUUCGCGUCAGCAACGCAAUGGACAAGACCCAUCAGAAGACUUUACUUGCCUCCACGGGCUACUUUUUGUGGAGAGCUUUUGAAAUCGGAUCCAGGGUAAUGGCAUUAGUCAUGAUGAUUCUCAUCAACCCCAUCAUAUUUGCAUUGAUUGUCGUCUUUCAUUGGUUCGCGGUUAUCACGUGGUCAUUUGCAACGAAUGCUAUGCCAUACAAGAAAUUCCACGAAAACGCCAUUUUUAUUGUAUUCGUUGGAUUUGUACAGGUGUUCUCCUUUAUGAACAUCAAAGGCGGUAAAUCUCGAUCACACGCAUGGUUAUAUUAUACUUUCUUUUAUAUUGAAAAUAUUGUAAUACUUAUCUUAUGGAUUAUUGUCAAGAAAGAAUCUUAUUGUCCGUGGAUUUAUUACGGCUCCAUUGGCAUUGUCUCCAGUGGUAUUGUUUUUACUCUAGUUUUUAUUGCAUGUUUUUAUAAGUUGUGUCACCCUAAAACAGGAAUAAAAUCGAUUAAUUAAAACUUUAUGUUUUGAAUUUCAAUAAAAGGAAAAAUUAGUUACAAAUAUGAUAAAUUGAAAGUAUAAUUAAAGGAAUUUGUGGCGUAUUUUUUCAGGCUAUGAAAUAUUUAAUUGAUUUUUUUUUAUUAAAAUGUGUUAUAUAAAGAUAUAUCUUAACAAUAAAUUACGCAGUUUAUAUCAAGAUACAGAGAUUAAUAAAUAAUUUUUAUAAUUAUUUUGGAGUCCACGAUAAAUAGAGCAUUUGAAUAAACCCCGCCUUAAAUCAGCCACGUGAUACUAUCUACGCUCAGUCUAUUACAAGAACAAUGGUGACAACGAGAAAGAUAGGUAUACCCGUAAUACCGUUAAGUUUGACAAAUUUGGCCAAGAAAGAAAAAAGAGACAGACUGAUAAGGAUAGGAACAAAGGGAAGAUUGUCAUUGGAAACCAUGUAGAUAGUUGGAAUAGGAAUCAAAGCCGAAUUAAACUAAGUUUUUAUCAUGCAGUCGUAGGGGUUUGCUAUACUAGUAGUUAUGUUCGUACGUGCUCCAUGUGUUCCUUGUCUUUACUUUAAAAGUUAUAAACCACAAGUGGAUUUUCGGUUAGAGAAAUGUUUUGAUUAAGAAUAAAUAAACACUCGGUAAAAGAAUCCCUCAGGGAGAUGAGGUAUUCAUUCAUUUUACCGUGUGGUUGAUGCUAAAAUAGUGUUUCAUCUUUAUUACACAUAAUUUAUUAAUUAGCAACUAAUACCUAUCUACAACUAAUAAUAAAUAACGGAAUAAUAAUGCUUCGGGUAUCAUCUGAUAUAAGAAUUAUUUAAUUUAAGACAUAAAAAACGUGAUUCUAAUUUGCAAACAAACUGUUCUUUCAUCGUGUUUUCAAUACUAGGUUUUCCUGCACUCAUGCGCAGUAGCGUUACAAGUGGCCGAUCAAAUUAUUAUUCAUAAGACGUGUAGCAAAGUUUAAAGACAAAUAACUAAAGAAAGAACAUGUUUUACGGGCCUAGAGUUUGUGAAACGUCUAAUUAUAAUUAUGAUGUAUGUUUUUACUAAAACUCAUGUCAAAAUAUUUACUACAAAUACGCCACAUAUACCUUUAAAUAAAAUGAUACUGGUUCCAAGUGCAUGAUUUCAAAGAUUUAAACGUGCAUUAAAACGUUGGAUCAUUUAUAAUUGUGUUUUAAAUUGAACAUACAGAAUGUUCGGUGCUACCUGAUACCCUUGGUUAAAUAAUUUGAAAUUACAAACAGCGUAAUAAAAGUAAGAGAUAGGCUUAUUGUAGGUAUAUUAACCCGAUCAGGCCGCUCAACACGAUCUAACUAGAGUUUACGCUCGCUCCUUUCAGCUUUCUCUUUUUUAUUAUAGCCUGAUUAAGGAAAAAUGUGAAGGAAACACAAACCAACAAACAAAAAGGACAACUCGUGAUUUGAAAAGGAUGACUGCGCUUAGCGCCGGGUUUUAUGCCAUUUUCGGUCGCCUCUGAUGCGUUUAUUUCUUAACCUAAUAUCACUUGCGAGAUUUUUAAAGAGUCUAGUCAAUUUCCAACAUGAAUUAAAGAGACAUUACGGCGCAUCUUAUCAAAAAACCGACUUGAAAAAAUUUUCCGAUCGGGUUUGGUUUUUUUGUACUACUCAUGAAUGUAUAAACUUCCAGAAAAUUACAAAGUUUUCCAUUAAAUAAAUCUAAUUAUUUCAUUAAAAUUAAUAAUUACUUAUAACCUAUCACAUUAAUACAUCGCAACGUGUUACGGGGUCAGCCUUCUAUACCAUACCAUAUAUUUUCUACUUCUCCCAGGGAAUAGUUGUUUAAAGUUUUUAAAAUAACCACAAUUAUUAUUUUGUAAGCAUGUAUUUUGCGUGCUUCUCAUAGGAGUCGUCACCAACCUAAAUUUAUUUUUGUAAGUGAGGCCCCUUGAGGGGUUAUUUGACUCAUUUAUGUCUGUUCAUUUUAAAAUGAACCGAAAUUGGAAAACCAUUAAUAGAUUAUCGAGAAAGUGAUCAUGUGUUCCGUUUAGAGUGUCAUUUUUACCUCGUAUACCACGAUGAUCGUAGUCAGGCGAAUAUCUAGUAGUUUCAGCACGCGUCAAUUACUGUCAAUCAAAAUCCACGUGGUACAAAUAAACGAUAUAAGAUUUUUCCGGUUUGUACGACUCUUAAAUUUCCGGAAGCUCAUAAUUACAUUAAUUAGGUACGUGAAAGGGAUUUUUAUCUCUUUCAACUGUAACAAUCAACAUUAUUUCUUAUUUCCUAACGAAACAAUUGGUAAAUCUGAAGUUAUUCACACAUGUGUUUUCAGCUGUACUGUAUCUUUAAGAUUUAAGACUGUGAUACAAUAUUAAGCUCAUACUACUAGUAUGUUUUUCUCUUAAACGAUUUUGAUAAAAAAUUAUUUUCCGAUUUUAAUAUUUACAAUGAAUCAUAAAGGCGUUUUUAAUAGGCAACCAAAAUGUGAUUGUCAUUUUCUGAGUUACAAGCGAGUAACAAUGCUUGAAAUUCUUCGCUAUGUAUACAAAGCGUUUGUUUACAUUUUGAACGUUGAAGUAAAAAUUUCAGUUUUAAACUUAAAACGAAUGUUUUAAAAGUCAGAAAGCGUUUAUCUAUGCUUAAUAUAAAUAAAAAGAUA